GAAAGUUUUUGUUGAAUGGAAGGUGGCAUAUGAAAUAAUACGGGUAAAAUUCGCUUAAAGAGAAUGACAACUCUGUUGACUGAAUCUAAAGUUUGUGAAACGCCAGGAUGUGGAGCCGCCGCAAAGCUCCAGUGCCCAACAUGUAUCAAGUUAGGAAUACAGGGUUCAUACUUCUGUUCUCAGGACUGUUUCAAAGGGAGUUGGAAAUCACAUAAAGUACUUCACAAACUUGCACAGGGAUUGUCUCCAAAUGACAAGGAAGACUAUGAGCCCUGGCCAAAUUACAGAUUUACUGGUCGUCUGAGGCCGUAUCCCCAAGGUCCAAAGCGCAUUGUGCCACCUCAUAUACCACGACCUGAUUACGCAGAUCAUCCUGAAGGAGUCCCACUGUCUGAACAAGCUGUUCGCAGUAGUGCACAGAUACGCUGUCUGACAGAUGAUGAAGUAGAAGGAAUGCGCCUAGCAUGUAAAUUAGGUCGUGAGGUCUUAGAUGAAGCAGCAGCUGCUAUUGGCAUUGGUGUUACUACAGAUGAAAUUGAUCGAGUGGUACAUGAAGCCUGCGUGGAAAGGGAUUGUUACCCUUCUCCACUUAAUUACUACAACUUCCCUCGUUCAUGCUGUACAUCAAUCAACGAAGUUAUUUGUCAUGGAAUUCCUGACUUACGGCCCCUACAUGAUGGUGAUAUCUGCAAUGUUGAUGUCACUGUCUAUCACCGGGGUUUCCAUGGAGAUCUCAAUGAAACUUUCCUUGUGGGAAAUGUAAGCCCUGAGGCCAAGAAACUGGUCAAAGUCACAUCAGAGUGCCUUUUGCGUGCAAUAAACAUAGUUCAGCCAGGUGAGAAAUAUCGCGAAGUAGGAAAUGUGAUCCAGAAACAUGCCCAAGCCCAUGGCUUCUCAGUAGUUCGCAGCUACUGUGGCCAUGGAAUACAUAAGCUCUUCCAUACUGCUCCCAGUAUUCCUCAUUAUGCAAAGAACAAGGCAGUAGGAGUCAUGAAACCAGGCCACUGUUUCACUAUAGAGCCCAUGAUUUCUCAAGGAAGUUGGAGGGAUGAAAUGUGGCCUGAUAAGUGGACUGCGGUCACUGUUGAUGGAAUGUUGUCUGCACAGUUUGAGCAUACGUUACUUGUUACCGAAAAUGGUUGCGAGGUAUUAACACAACGCCGUGAGAGAAAUGGCCAGUUUCAUUUUAUGGACUCUGCAUCUUAACAUUGGCUGUAUAUUAUGAAACUUAAAUAUAAUAUUUGCCUGGGAAAUGUAAUUAAAUUAUUGAAUAUGCUAAAUAAAUCUGAGAAGUCUGAACAGGAUAGGAAGAAAGAGAAGCUGUCAUGUUGAUGAGUAAAAAGUUGUUUCAGAUACGAAACUAUUAUUGUGGAUUUAUUUUUAAUAAUUGUUUACUGGCUCAUAUUGCAUUUUUCUUGUGUUUCUGUGAUGAUUUGAGAUGUUUGUUAAAUUGUAGUAUGUUACACGGUUUGAUCAAUUGCUUAUUGUGAAGAAUUUUAAUUAUAGAAGGUAUUUUUUUUAUAUUUCCAGUCAAAUACAUAACCUCUAUCCUGUGGUAAA